GGCAGCAUUUCAAACAGCAACUGCUUCUCCAAUGGAUAUGUCCUCCAAUUUCUUUGGCCCAUUGAACCUUGAAUGCAUUCAGGAAUAAAAAGUGUCAAUGCCCUCUUCAUAUUUUAUCCACUUAGCACAAGUGACUCUACCAGAUUUUGUUACGUUUGAACACUGACUUGCCUAUUUCAUCAAGUCUGCUUGGAUUUUGGAUACAUAGAGCCAGGCACUUAGUAAACUCAGUAUACUUGUGAUUACACAAACCCCUGUUGUUAUGGUGGCAUAGAGUUUUUCAAGUAGAAACCUGAAUGUGACACAUGUACAUUCAAGGCCUCGAGAGUUUGAGGGAUUGUCUACUACAUCUGCUUGUGCAAAAGGUCUUCAAGUUGUUGGAGUCUAGCCAACAUGGCCAGCUUUGAUACACUUUAUUUGACAAUUCAUUUCAGACAGACACAAUAUAAAACGAAUAUGUGUGCCAUCAGUAUACCACCACACAACUGACAUUGUUUAUGAAAUGUAUAAUCUGUUUUGGCAUUUCUGUGUAUAUUGCUGUGAUUUACAGAGAACGAUACAAACUCUCUCACUGGGUUGAUGACGCAAGGAUUUGUUGCUAGUAUGCUGUUAGAGUGUCCUAUUAUCUACGAGAUUGGGUUGGUCCCUGACAAGGGUGGCUUUCAGUCGUCACUGCAGCCCAUGUGACAUCAAGGAGCUUCUUUGUUCCUCGUCCAACAUCCCCAGGAAUACUGCUAUCAUGAUGGUGGAUCCCGAAGGGGCCCUGGUGUCCAUAGACCCUACUAUGCCUACCAACUCUCCCAACUCCUUGUACAAAGUCAUUUCUUUGUCCACCGGUCAGCUUGGAGAGAAAGAAGACAUGUUUCAAAACCUGUUAUCUCAGGUGGCGGAGCAGUUCAGCAGGGCUUUCCGAAUCAACGAGCUGAAAACUGAGGUGACCAACAGACUGGCAAUGUUGGAGAAAAGAGUGGAGUUCCUGUUGAACGUUCCAGUGGAGGGACUGAAGGUUGUGGAGAUUGAGAAGUGCAAAAAUGACCUAAAGAAACUACGAGAUGAGAUGACAUCCAGAGGAGGAGGGAGAGUCGGGAACUGUCCCUGCAAGUACAACUUCUCAGACGACGGGAAGAAGCUUAAUCCCAGACGUGACGUCCCAAGUUAUCCAAAGUACACCUUAUCCCAGGAGACCAUUGAAGCACUGAAGAAGCCAACAUUCGAUGUCUGGCAUUGGGAACACAAUGAGAUGCUGAGCUGCUUAGAGUACAUGUACCAUGACCUGGGACUGGUGAAGGAAUUCAACAUGAACCCCAUCACUCUCAAACGCUGGCUGCUGGGCAUUCAGGAGAACUAUCGCAGCAACCCGUUCCACAACUUCCGCCACUGCUUCUGUGUCAGUCAGAUGAUGUAUGGCAUGAUUAACCUGUGUAACCUGCCGGAGAAGAUGACUCUGACGGACAUGGGCAUUCUCAUGACAGCUGCAGUGUGCCACGACCUGGACCACCCCGGCUACAACAACACGUACCAGAUCAACGCUCGCACAGAGCUGGCCGUGCGUUACAACGAUAUAUCUCCCCUGGAGAACCAUCACUGCGCCGUGGCCUUCCAGAUCCUAUCGCUGCCCGAGUGCAACAUAUUCGCCAACGUCGAAUUGGAGGCCUACAAGCAGAUCAGACAGGCCAUCAUUACACUGAUCUUGGCCACAGACAUGGCCCGGCAUGGAGAGAUAUUAGACUCCUUCAAACAUAAAGUGGACAGCUUUGACUUCACCAACGAGGAGCAUGUGACAUGCCUGAAGAUGGUUCUGAUCAAAUGCUGCGACAUCUCCAAUGAGGUCCGGCCUACCGAGGUGGCCGAACCCUGGGUGGACUGUCUGCUGGAGGAGUACUUCAUGCAGAGUGACAGGGAGAAGACUGAAGGGCUGCCGGUGGCUCCGUUUAUGGACAGAGACAAAGUGACCAAGCCCACUGCCCAGAUCGGAUUCAUCAAGUUUGUCCUCAUCCCAAUGUUUGAGACAGUCAUGAAGCUCUUCCCCCAGAUUGAGGAGAUCAUGGUGCAGCCUCUGAGAGACUCUAGAGACCACUAUGAGGAGCUGAAGCAGAUCGAUGACGCCAUGACAGAGGCACAGAAGAAAAAAACUGAAAAUAUGUCAUUAGGAGGGAAGAAGAAGUAAGCUUUGCUGCUGCGAGCACAGUGGUACUGUGGCUCCGGCUCUCGUUUUAUGAUCCAAAAAUUCAAAAAGGUCAUGGGUCGUCCUGAUCUGCGUCUUUGAAGAUGGAGGGUGAAAAGACUUGUCUUCUACACACUGAACCAACCUCAGACUACAUGAAACCUCCUGGUUGAUCACCACUGUUUUGUUAUGAACAUUACAGAAGGACAAUGGUCUCCAAGGUGGCAUAGCAGUUCAGACGUCU